ACGAGGUCGCUCUCGUCUGUGACACCGCGGAGAAGCAUGGCCGGCGUUGAACAUGCGAAGCGAGUACAUGGAAUGCAAAGCAUUGCGAGUCAAGAAAUCCCGCACUCACGAGACGGUGGUACCGUGGACCUCGGCAAUGGCAGCCCCGAUUUCCCUCCACCGGAGUUCGUGACCGCGGCGCUGCAGCUGGCCAUCUCUGACAGCACAAUGCAUCAGUACACGCGAGACUUGGGUCAUGUGCGGCUAGUCACUGCUCUGGCGAACAUGUAUUCCUACCUCACGGGGCAUGAAAUCGACCCUUUCGAGGAAGUGCUGGUCACGGUGGGCGCCUACGGUGCGAUGCACAGCACAGUGCAAGGUCUGGUUGAUCCCGGCGACGAGGUGAUCCUUAUUGAGCCUUACUUCGAGUACUACGAAGCCAUGAUCCGGAUGGCGGAAGGAGUUCCAGUCUUUGCACCCCUUCGGCCGAUAAAUAAAGAUCAAAUAACUAGCAGCGAUUGGUUGCUGGACAUGGAGGACCUUGCAUCGAAGUUCAACUCUAGGACAAAAAUGAUCAUUCUCAACACGCCGCAUAAUCUGCUUGGAAAGGUUUUCUCACGGGGAGAACUGGAAAUGAUUUCGAGACUUUGCAUAAAGCAUAACGUUAUCUGCGUCAUGGACGAGGCUUACGAAUGGAUAAUUUUCGAAGGUGCAACACAUAGCAGAAUGAAUACUCUCUCAGGCAUGUGGGAAAGAACAAUAACAAUAGGAAGUGUUGCACCAACCUUUGGCGUAUUCGGCUGGAAGAUUGGUUGGGCAUAUGGUCCGCGAAGUUUGCUGAGGGGACUGCGGCUUGUUCACCAAAACUUUCUGGCGCUCGUGAGCACCCUUCUGCAGGAAGCAGCAUCUGUGAUCCUAGAGAGAACAAUGGAGCAGAUAGCCGACCAUGCGGGUUAUCUUGGCACCUUUCUGGAUUCGCUACAGCAAAAGCGGGACUUCAUGUGCAGUGCUCUUAAAUCUGUCGGUAUACUUCCAGCAAUGCCUGACGGGGGCUACUUUAUUGUCUGCGACUUCUCAGCCAUAGGCACGAAGUUCGACUUGGAUGGAAAUGAGAGCAAGGAUUACUUGUUUACGAAAUGGCUAGCUAGCAAAAAGAAUUUGCGAGUAGUUCCCCUCAGCACCUUCUACAGCGUGGACCACAAGCACCUUGCGGAAGACUUUAUACGGAUAUCUUUCGUAAAGAAAGACUCCACUCUUCAGAAGGCUGCAGCCAUAUUCAUGGAGUUGGCCACCUGAACCUGAUUAGCACUGCGACAUCAGCUCAAGCAGCGAAAUUGCGAGUUUCACAGGCAGCUUUUACGGCAUACUAUGGAUUUUAAUCGUCAAUCGCAAGGUUGACACUGCGUAACAUCAAAAGUACUUUUAAUGAAGCGAAGCUUUCUUUCUCUUCCAACCUGGAUUUUGCGUGGCUGCCACGACUACUGUUGUCUGCUGCUAGGUUUCAAAGGUUAUAUCUGCACCAAGUUCAAGUAUGUGACUGGCUUCGAAUUUAACACAUUAAGAACUGAUUAGUUUUAUUUUUGAAGGUGUUCUUGUAGACACAGUAGUUUGUGUCAUUGUGGUGUGUGUAUGUAUUUCCCAACUGUGUAUUGGGAUAGCCGGCUCUUGUAUAGGCUACCUUCCCACCGGUGUGCAAUGAUUAAACAACUUCUCCAAGGCUCUAAUAAAACAGCUAAUUAAGCA